AUCGCAUCAUACAGGGUGUCGCAGUAUUCCGUGGUCGUACGAGUACCACGUAUUUUGAAACUCAAAAUGAAGUCGGUUUUACCUGAUUCACCUGUAUGCAAAAGUGCUUCUUUUCAAAACACAUUUUCUCUGAUAUUUUGGAACACAUAUUCCGUGACAUUUCUAUAUCCACGGAAUAUUGGGACACCCUGUAUAAGGUCCCGUGUGAAUGUUAGGUCAAUGUCCGAUCGUAUGCAUCUAAUAUAAUAAUUUUACUUUUGAUUUGCUGUCAUCAAUAAAAUUCAAUAAAAGCCAGUUGUGCGAUUGAUACCAACUCGAUAUCAACUCAUUCCGAUUCAUGAUAGACAAUCUGCACGAUUGCAGUAUCACAGAUAGUUUUGUUUUUUUCAAAACAAAGAUAAAGCGAAUACAUGCAAAACAACACUAAAAUGUCAGAUCAAAGACGUCCGUGAUCGCUUUUCGUUUCGUGUGCGAACAUGAACGCGGUUUUUUCGAACUUGUGCUCGAGCAGAGGACGUCGAGGAUUCGCCACUGCUGCGGACAUUUUCGCCGGGCAAACGAGGAUCAAAGCAAGACCCGAGAAGAGCAUCUUGCCCAUUCCCACUUACGGUGGGAGGCAUAUAGUCACCAUGCUCCCAGGUAUAGGCUCCGGUCCAAAAAUGAUGGAGUAUGUGACAGAUGUAUUCAAGGCGGCCUAUGUCCCUAUAGACUUUGAGAUCAUCGAUAUCAACAUCGAAAAAGAAGAUCAGAUAAAAUUUGCUCUAUCUUCCAUGAUUCGUAAUGGCGUAGGAAUUAAGGGUCAUAUUCCCCAGUUAGCAGACACCUCGGCAAACGUAACGUUGCGUUCCCAUCUGGAUCUCUACGUAUAUCUCGUCCACUGCAAAAGCUAUCCCAACAUAAGAUGCAGAGUGCCGGGUCUGGACAUCGUGGUGUUCAGACAGAAUACGGAAGGAGAGUACGCCAUGUUAGAGCACGAGUCGAAGCCGGGCAUCGUGGAGAGUCUCAAGAUCAUCACCAGAGAGAAUACGGAGAGGUUCGCGAGAUGGGCAUUCGAAUUCGCGAUGAAUGAGUGCAGGAAAAAAGUCACUGUCGUACAUAAGGCGAAUAUUAUGAAGCUAUCCGACGGUCUGUUCCUGAAAACAGUAUUAGACGUAGCGAAAGACUAUCCCGAAAUCGAAGUGAACGAUCUUAUCGUCGACAACUGUUGCAUGCAAUUGGUCUCCAAGCCUCACAGUUUCGACGUGAUUCUCACCCCCAACCUAUACGGAAAUAUCAUAACUAGUAUUAUAUGUGGAUUGAUCGGAGGACCUGGUCUCAUGUCCGGAAGGAAUUAUGGCGACUCCAGUGCCGUGUUUGAAGUUGCUUCGCGACAUAUAUCGUUUGCAGACGAGAAAUACGUGAAUCCGGUGGCGAUGAUCAACGCAGGUAUAGACAUGCUGACAUAUUUGAAGAAAGAUGCUCACGCAUCUAUUAUCCGUAACGCAGUCUACAAUACUUUAGUCUACGACAAAAUUCAUACUCCAGAUAUUGGCGGGACACACACGGGAGCUGAAAUGGUGGAGGCUAUCAAAGAAAAUAUAUACCGAGAGAUGAAGACAACGGAAAUAUCUACUUUUUGAUGACGAUGAAACUUUUAUAUGUAAAAAUUGUAUUGUGAUAUUAAAUAAAAUAAGUUAUAUCAAAUUCGUCGAUGUUACUCCUCACGACGACGUACUGGUAGGAAGUGCUGUCAUCGAGAAAAAAAUUUAAAAUGAUGUCACGAAAAAACAAGCAAUAAUAAUGAUCAUUUAUUAAUAGCAGAAAAUUCUGUUUAAAUCCAUUGAAUAUCUCUUACAAAUUUAGGAAUAUCUAAUAGAUGAAAUGAAACUCAACGUUUUAACAUUCUAUGUUUGAAUACUUUUGUAUUGUAAAUCGUUGUUUGUCCAAAAAUGUCUGUCAAAUAUAAGAAGACUAGUCUAACAAUAAAGAAUAUCACCUCGAUAGCGCUGAUUACACUUACUCCUAGGAGUAAAGAUAAAAUUCCUCCAAAAUUACCUGUAAAGAAAAC